CAGCAUUCCAACUUGACCAACGUUCGCAUAUUUGUUCCCUCUUCCAAUUUCUAAGUAGAAGUAGUACUUGCGUCGACUUUCAAGCUUGCCCGAAAACCGUCAUCAUGAACUCCGUUUACCGCUCAACCGCUAUGAUUUUACUGGCCGGAGCCUUGUUAGUUGCCCAAGUGGCCAUCAGCGUUGUGGGAAUAAACUGCGAUGCGAAUCACCCAUCAGCCGUUUGCUUCUCGAGAUCCGAUUACGGUAACCCACAAGUCCAGAGAAUUAUGGGUAUGAUCGCAAGUCGCAGAGGCUGCCUUGACGCCACGCGAAUAGGCGGGUUGAGUGUUAUCCGGUGCUGUAAAGGACAGGCGACACUGGGAGCGAACGGCCAACCCCUUAGCGGUGGCGGUAUUGUCUACCUUGAUCGGAGAGACGUCGUCCCCGACUCGGGCACCCUCUUUAGCGCCUCUCAAGCCUGCACUUAUCAACAAUGAACUUGUGCCGCUAUUAUUUAAAUGAAAUUCUCCCACUUUGGGACAACCACGCGGUUUGUGAUCAUGUGAAGCACAACAGAUGACGAUUCCCCUCUGCGUGUACGUCCGGCCUGGAGGAGGAGCUAAUCUGAAUUUUGGCAUUUG